GAAACGACGUCGUCCAGCAAUUGCCAUACAUUUCUGCAAAUACUAAACCACAGCAGCUCCACCAGCUCUCCGAAACUCGAAAAUGGCGGUUGAACCCUUAAACCUCCACCGUCGAUUCUCCAUUUCUUCCUCUCCUUCAUAUUCACUGCACUCUCCCCAUUUUCCAAUUCCCAAUCUCUUCAAAAUCCCUAAAUUAUCUAAAAACCAGAGGACAACAUUCUCCGUCUGCUGCUCCUCCACCUCUCCUCCUCCUCCCUCGUCCCCGAUUUUCCUCCCUUUCCUCCAAACCCCAGCGAGGAAACAAACCCCAAAACCCGAACCGGAAAUCGAGACAGAAAUCAACGACCCAAUCGUCAAAUUCUUCAAGACCCGAACUUCAGACCCGGACCCGGACCCGACUCGAGAGGGCAGGAUCCCCCUCCAAAAGAACCGCAAAACCUCAUGGCACCUAGCUUCCACUUUCGAGAACACCGAGCCCGAACCCGUAACAAAAGCAGAGGAGGGCAUUACCGGAAAAGCAGAAACUGCACCAGAAUUGGAGAAAGGGGUCGUGGUGCAAAUAUUGAAAAUUGCGAGGGCCUUACCGGAAAAUGUUACGUUAGGAGAAGCGUUGGAAAGUUGCGAUUUCGGAGGUGGGUUAGGUGAGGAGGAGUGUGUGGAGGUGUUGAGGGUGCUGGCUGAAGAAGGCAAUGUGAUGGGGUGUAUGUAUUUCUUCGAGUGGAUGGGAUUGAAGGAGCCUUGUUUAGUUUCACCGAAAGCGUGCUCGGUUUUGUUUCCGGCUUUGGGAAAGGUCGGAAAGGGGGCCGAGUUGAUGGUGGUGUUGAAGAAUCUGCCUUUCAAGCAGAACAAGUUGUUUAAGGAUGUUCGUGUUUACAAUGCCGCAAUGUCGGGGCUUUUGUAUUGCGGGAGGUACGAUGAUGCUUGGAAUGUUUACGAGUUGAUGGAAACGAGUAACAUAAAACCGGAUCACGUAACGAGUUCGAUAAUGAUUACUAUCAUGAGAAAAAGAGGAGACAGCGCUAAAGAAGCGUGGGAGUAUUUCGAAAAGAUGAACGAGAAAGGUGUCAAGUGGAGUUUGGAAAAUGUGGGAGCUCUUAUAAAAUCGUUCUGCGACGAGGGUUUGAAGAAAGAAGCUCUCAUUAUCCAAACGGAGCUCGAGAAACGGGGUAUAAAAUCUAAUGCCGUUAUUUACAACACGAUUAUGGACGCUUAUAGUAAGUCGAACCAGGUGGAAGAGGCCGAGGGUAUUUUCGACGAGAUGAAAGCGAAAGGUGUUUCUCCGACUUCCGCUUCGUAUAACAUAUUAAUGGAUGCAUAUAGCAGAAGAAUGGAGCCCGAAAUCGUCGAGAAGCUUCUAGAAGAAAUGGAAGCUUCCAGGUUGGAGCCGAACGUGAGAUCCUACACGUGUCUAAUUAGUGCCUACGGAAGGCAGAAGAAAACGAGCGAUAAAGCUGCGGAUGCAUUUUUGAGGAUGAAAAAAGCCGGCAUAAAACCCUCUUCGCAUUCGUACACAGCUCUCAUCCAUGCCUACUCGGUUGACAGCUGGCACGAGAAAGCUUACAUCACUUUCGAAAAUAUGUUACGAGACGGAGUAAAGCCCUCGAUCGAAACGUACACUGCGUUGCUGGACGCUUUUCGACGAGCUGGCGAAACUGAAAUGCUCAUGAAGAUUUGGAAAAUGAUGACGAGGGAUAAAAUCGAAGGGACGAGAGUGACAUUUAAUAUUUUAUUAGAUGGAUUCGCGAAAAAGGGUCAAUACGUAGAGGCGAGAGAUGUGGUAUGCGAGUUUGGGAAAAAGGGUUUAAGUCCGAACGUGAUGACUUACAAUAUGCUUAUAAACGCUUACGCGAGGGGCGGGCAAGAAUCGAAAUUGCCGCAGCUGCUGAAAGAGAUGGCCGCGUUGAAUUUGAAGCCCGAUUCGGUGACGUAUUCGACUAUGAUAUACGCGUACAUACGCGUGCGUGAUUUCAAGAGGGCGUUUUUUUACCAUAAGCAGAUGGCAAAGAGUGGGCAGAUACCGGAUGCGAGGUCGUACCAGAAGCUGAGGGCGAUUCUGGAAGUGAAGGCGAAGAUUAAGAAUCGGAAGGACAAGAGUGCGAUUAUUGGUAUUGUGAAGAGCAGUAUGGGGUUGUUGAAAGAGCAGAAGAAGGGGAAGAAGGAUGAGUUCUGGAAAAAUAGGAAGAAUAGAUCAAGAACACCUGGCUCUGCUGCUCAGGGUUCAAGGUGAUAAUCCAUACUUAGAAAGGGAUUUUAUGAUGCAAUUUUUGUAAUUAAGUGAUGUUUUUUUAGAGUAUGUUUGUUGUAGAAAAUGAAUUUCAAGAAACUUUGGGGUUUAUUUGGAGAGAAUGAAUUGAAAGUUGAAACGACU